AUGCCCCCCAAGGCCGCUUCCACCGCUGCUCCCAAGAGCAAGCCUAGCCAUGGCACUUACCAGGACAUGAUCACGGACGCUAUCGUCGCGCUCAAGGACCGAAACGGUUCCAGCCGACAGAAGCUCAAGCAAUACGUCCGCCAGAACAACAACAUCGCCGUGUCGCAGAACAUGUUCGAUUCGCUCUUCAACAAGGCGCUCAAGGCCGGUGUCGAGAAGGGUGUCUUCCAACAACCCAAGGGUCCCUCCGGUGGCACCAAGCUUGCAAAGAAGACCGCCAAGCCCGCCCCCAAGGAGAAGAAGGCCGCCGCCCCCAAGAAGCCCGCCGCUCCCAAGAAGGAAGCUGCCGCUAAGCCUGCUGCCCCCAAGAAGGAGGCCGCCGCCAAGCCCGCCGCUGCGGCGAAGAAGGCCACCACCACCAAGAAGGAGCCCGCUGCCAAGAAGGCCGCUGCCGCGCCAAAGAAGGCUGCUGCUCCCAAGAAGGCCGCCGAGAAGCCUGCCGCCGCCGCGGACAAGGUCAAGACCGGUCGCGUAACGAAGAAGCCCGCCGCCCCCAAGAAGGCGGCGGCGGCCAAGACUGGCACCGCUAAGGCACCCAAGGCUGCGCCCAAGAAGGCUGCUGCUGCCAAGGCGUAG